AUGGAGCCAUACACGGUCUCCGGAGCUCAGCUCUCCCUGUCCGACCUUUACUCUGUCAUCCCCUUCAAUGUCACCUUCCCGGACGAGGAGAGCGUUAUGAUGGGCGACAGGUUCCAGAAUUACACCGAGCAGGAGCAGCAGAGUCCCGUGAAGAGCACCGGGGGUAUAGUCAUAGCCAUAUCCAUCACGGCUCUCUACUCCGUCAUUUGCGUGGUGGGACUUCUGGGCAACAUCCUUGUCAUGUACGGAGUGGUCAGAUAUACCAAGAUGAAGACGGCCACAAACAUCUACAUCUUUAACUUGGCUCUCGCAGAUGCCCUGGCCACCAGCACACUGCCUUUCCAAAGUGCCAAAUACCUCAUGAAUACCUGGCCAUUUGGGGAAGUAUUGUGCAAGCUCAUUAUUGCCAUUGACUACUACAACAUGUUCACAAGCAUUUUCACCCUCACCAUGAUGAGCGUGGACCGCUACAUCGCUGUGUGCCAUCCAGUCCGAGCACUUGAGUUUCGGACACCAGUCAAGGCGAAGUUGAUCAAUGUACUCAUCUGGGUACUGUCCUCAGCGAUUGGAGUGCCUAUUAUAAUCAUGGCGGUGACCAAAGUGACGGAUAAUGGUAAAACCAUGUGCAUGCUGAAGUUCCCUGACCCUGACUGGUACUGGGACACAGUGACUAAGAUCUGCGUCUUCAUCUUUGCUUUUGUGGUUCCUGUGAUGGUCAUCACCAUAUGUUAUGGCCUCAUGAUCCUGCGUCUCAGGAGUGUCCGCCUGCUCUCAGGCUCCAAGGAGAAAGAUCGAAACAUGCGACGCAUCACACGAAUGGUCCUGGUGAUAGUAGCAGCCUUUAUCAUCUGCUGGACCCCGAUUCAUAUCUUCAUCAUCGUGAAGACCAUGGUAGAGAUCAACACCAGGAAUCCCUUUGUGAUAGCCAGCUGGCACCUGUGCAUCGCCUUGGGCUACACCAACAGCAGCCUCAACCCUGUCCUGUACGCAUUUUUGGAUGAGAACUUCAAGCGAUGCUUCAGGGAUUUCUGCCUUCCCUGCCGGCCCCGUGUAGAGCAGAACAGUUUGACCAGAGGUCGUAAUACCACUAGGGAGCCGGUGUCCGUUUGCGCUCCAACAGAAGCAGGGAAAAAGCCAGCAUGA